CGCGACGCCGAGUUGCUCGGUGGUUUUCCUGCUGCUCAGGGGGCGCCCGCGCCCUGCGCUCUCGACGAGGCUCCGUCAUGCUCGGCAGUCAGUCGACCCCGUGCACCGCGGCACGCUGGCUGCCGGGAGGCUUUUCGCAUCCGCGUGUCGAGUAUAAUAGAAGUUGAAGCAAGCUAGCCGAGUGCCGAGUGCCGAUCACACAUUCCGUUCCGAUUCUUGGCCAGGACCCCGAGGCGAUGGAGUAGCCGAUCCGAGCCUGCGACGAGCUUGAAAAGCGUUCCAAGUUGAGACUAAUCGCAUCGUCCGAGUGAUCAUGACGCCCGCGUCGAGGGUGGCUUUCCUGUUGCGCCUCCUCCUCUACCUGGGGGGUGAACUCGCCGGAGCCGGAGGCUCUCGGGGGGUGCACGACGACCCUCUUGUGGUCGAGACGACGAGUGGCCUCGUGCGGGGCCUGUCGAGGUCGGUGCUGGGCCGGGAGGUCCACGUCUUCUACGGCAUCCCGUUCGCCAAGCCACCGGUGGGCCCGCUGAGGUUCCGGAAGCCGCUGCCGAUCGACCCCUGGCACGGUGUGCUGGAGGCGACGUCGCUGCCGAACAGCUGCUACCAGGAGCGGUACGAGUACUUCCCGGGCUUCGAAGGCGAGGAAAUGUGGAACCCGAACACCAACAUUUCGGAGGAUUGCCUCUACCUCAACGUCUGGGUCCCGCAGAAGCUGCGGCUGCGGCACAAGGGCGCCGAGCCACCCGGAACCGAGAGGUCCAAGGUGCCGAUCCUCGUCUGGAUCUACGGCGGAGGCUACAUGAGCGGUACUUCCACCCUCGACAUUUACGACGCCGACAUAAUGGCCGCUACCAGCGACGUGAUCGUCGCGUCGAUGCAGUACAGGGUCGGAGCCUUCGGCUUCCUCUACCUCAACAACCACUUCACGAACAGCGAGGAGGCCCCGGGGAACAUGGGACUCUGGGACCAGGCCCUGGCCAUCCGUUGGCUGCGCGACAACGCCGCAGCCUUCGGCGGCGACCCCGACAUGAUAACGUUGUUCGGAGAGUCUGCCGGCGGUGGGUCCGUAUCCUUGCAUCUGAUUUCGCCGGUGACGCGAGGACUCGUGAGACGAGGGAUCCUCCAGAGUGGGACCCUCAACGCUCCCUGGAGCUACAUGACCGGCGAGAAGGCCCACGACGUCGCCCGCGUUCUCGUCGACGAUUGCAACUGCAACUCGACCAUGCUCGCCGACAAUCCGUCGCGCGUUAUGGCCUGCAUGAGGUCCGUCGACGCCAAGACCAUAUCCGUUCAGCAGUGGAACACCUAUUGGGGCAUUCUUGGAUUCCCAUCCGCGCCGACCAUCGACGGGAAAUUCCUUCCUAAACAUCCGCUGGACUUGCUGAAGGAGGGAGACUUCGAAGAUACAGAGAUAUUGAUCGGCAACAACAAGAACGAAGGAACCUACUUCAUACUGUACGACUUUAUCGAUUACUUCGAAAAGGACGGACCGAGUUUUCUGCAGCGUGACAAAUUUCUCGACAUCAUCAACACCAUCUUCAAAAAUAUGUCGACUCUCGAACGAGAUGCGAUCACCUUUCAAUAUACCGACUGGGAGCACGUGAGUGACGGAUACCUGAACCAGAAAAUGAUUGGCGACGUCGUUGGCGAUUACUUUUUCAUCUGUCCCAGUACACAUUUCGCCCAACUUUUCGCCGAACGUGGAAUGAAGGUCUAUUACUACUUUUUCACCCAGAGGACAAGCACCAAUCUUUGGGGUGAAUGGAUGGGCGUCAUGCACGGGGAUGAAAUCGAAUACGUAUUCGGACAUCCUCUGAACCAGUCUCUGCAGUACAACAAAAAGGAACGGGACCUCUCCCUCAGGAUGAUGCAGGCAUAUUCGCGAUUUGCGCUUCUCGGAAAACCGAUGGCUGAGGGUGUCGAGUGGCCAACUUAUUCGAGAGAUCAACCGCAGUACUUCAUAUUUGACGCGGAAGAAAGCGGCCUUGGAAAAGGUCCUCGAGCAACAUCCUGCGCGUUCUGGAAUGAAUUUCUUCCACGGCUAAAGGACGUUCCUGAUCCACCCGAGUCCUGCGACGGAGCUGUUGCCUCCAGCGUUUCAGCGGGUGAAAGUCGCCUCUACGAUUUCACAUGCAGUUUCAUACAGCUAGUUUCCUGCACGCUGUUAACGGUCCCGAUUAUUUUCUAAGAUAAGAAAUAGAAAUAAAAAUAACAAAAAAAAAGGAAGAAAAAACCAUCCCCGUCACACUUUCUCGAUGCAGGCUGUAAUAGGCAAGCCCAAAAAAUUCCAAGACGUGUCCCGAUUUGGACGAUACGGCGUGUUAAAGGAAAAGGGAUAACCUGAAGAAGGAAAAGUAGUCGACGAAGAAGAAGGAGCCCGUGAUUUUCAUCAAGUUGAAUAUCAACUU